AUUAAUCCCAUUAUCUACACUACCCUUAUCAUAACAGUAAUGUCCGGAACCAUACUAGUAAUAAUCAGCUCACACUGACUACUCAUCUGAAUCGGAUUCGAAAUAAACCUAUUAGCAAUAAUCCCAGUAUUAAUAAAAAAUUUUAACCCACGAGCCACAGAAGCAGCCACAAAAUAUUUCCUAACACAAGCCACAGCCUCCAUAAUACUAAUAAUAGCCAUCAUCAUCAACCUCCUAUAUUCUGGCCAAUGGACCAUUACAAAAAUAUUUAACCCAGUAGCAAUAACAAUAAUAACCAUGGCCCUAGCCAUAAAACUAGGACUCUCACCUUUCCACUUCUGAGUCCCAGAAGUAACCCAAGGCAUUUCACUACAAGCAGGCCUACUGUUACUAACAUGACAAAAACUAGCCCCAUUAUCAGUACUAUGCCAAAUCUCACAAUCAAUCAACCCAAACCUAAUACUAACUAUAGCCAUAUUAUCAAUUUUAAUCGGAGGGUGAGGAGGGCUAAAUCAAACCCAACUUCGAAAAAUCAUAGCAUACUCAUCAAUCGCACACAUAGGAUGAAUGACAGCAGUAUUACCAUACAACACAACCAUAACAAUCUUAAACCUACUAAUUUACAUCACAAUAACACUAGCAAUAUUCAUACUAUUAAUCCACAGCUCAGCAACCACAACUUUAUCCCUAUCCCAUACAUGAAACAAAAUACCCGUCAUCACAAGCCUAAUAAUAGUAACCCUACUCUCAAUAGGAGGCCUGCCUCCACUAUCAGGAUUUAUGCCAAAAUGAAUAAUUAUUCAAGAAAUAACAAAAAAUGAAAGCAUCAUCAUGCCAACACUCAUAGCAAUAACAGCACUGCUAAACCUCUAUUUCUACAUACGACUAGCCUACUCCUCCUCACUGACUAUGUUCCCAUCCACCAACAACAUAAAAAUAAAAUGACAAUUCGAACACACAAAACAAAUAAAAUUACUUCCCACAAUAAUUGUAUUAUCAACACUAGUCCUACCUAUAACACCAGCCCUCUCGUCCCUAAACU